GUGGUGGAGUUGGGUCAGUCACGGAGGCGAUGCGCUCCUGGCGUCCGGACGUAGCGAACCAGCCGGAACUUUCUCCGUUUCUGCCCUAGAAAAGCGCGCGUCGCGGCGUUGGUUCGGGAUGAGGCGCCUGGGCGCAAGGAUGAGCGACUGCGGGACGCUUUUCACGCUCCUCCUGAACCUCCAGCUGGCUCACGCGCUGUCCUCCUCCUCCACUCCGGGUUCCGCGCACAGCGGGCCCCUCCACAGACACAGGAAUAGGAACUGGUGCGCAUAUGUGGUGCAGAGGAACGUGAGCUGCGUCGUGCAGGGGAGUGCCGAGCGCCUGCAAGAGCCCGUGCUGGCCCCCUGCCCGCCCUACCAGCCCCACUGCCAGCAACAAGUGACAUACACAACCCGCUUUCGACCCACAUACAAGAUCGGCUACAAGGCGAUCACAGAGUUAGAGUGGAGGUGCUGUCCCGGCCACACAGGUCCGGACUGCAAGGAUGCAAAGCCGACACAAGACCGCAGAACGGCGCAGGGAGCGCAGUCCUACCGACCACCAAAUCCUGGAUACUCAACCAGACACACACAACGGGCCGAGCGGAGGGAAACCGCUCACCACGAGGUGCAGCAUGGAGCCACAGACAAGACCCGUUUCCUGGAGGGGGAAGUUCAGCGUCUGUCUCAGACGGUCUUGGAUCUCCAGUCCACCUUGACGGGGUUGACCGCCAGCCUUCGCUCUGACCUGCAGGACGAUACCAGGAAAAUGCUGGCGAAGCUUCUGAACGACAUGAGACCCCCGCAGAGCGCCAACGCCGCCGGCGCAGAGGAGACCCCAGCUGUGCUUGACGGGCAUCAAACUGCGAGAGGGGGUAAUACCGAGGAGAGGGUCCUGGAAAAAAUAGUAGCUCGUUUGGAUGACAUGAAUAAUUCACUGAAAAGUAAGGAGGAUGCCUUAGAAGACCUGAGAGGAAUCACAACAAGUCACGAAGGGCAGAUCCGCGUCCUCAUGGACGCGUCUCAGUCCCAGACUCCAGUCAUACCAGAGUUUGAUGUCAUCCAAACCUACGUUGAUGGAAAACUUGAGAAGCUGAAGGCGGAGCUGAGCCAAACUAUGAAGGAGGAGGUGGCCAAACUGCAAGGCUCAUGCAACGACAAGAUCCAAAUCGUCCAGAAGACCUGCAAUGAAGGCCGGGACCAAGUCUCUGCCAGGCUGACCAAGCUGGUGGAAACCACCGAGGCUGAUCUGAGAAAAGACAUCAGAGCGCUGCGUCUGCACAUGGCUGCUGCCGACGGACCCGUCCAAACGCAGAGGCUCGCCGACCCGCCCCAAGAGGAGGGGGAGGGCCGCGGUGACCACAAAGACUUGUGGCGUGAGAUCGACCGCAUCGCAGAGGCACACCGAAUCCUAAACGUCCGCGUCGACAAUGAACUGGGUCACCUGUCCAGGCUGCAGGAAGUUCACGACUUCGGCCUCCUGGUGGAGGAGCUGGAGGCGCGCAUCAACGUCACAGAACAAAACGCAGAGACCCACUGCUUCUACAUAGAAGACAAGCUAACCAAAACGAUUUCAGACGAAGUUUCAGAGCUUCGACAGCUUCUGAAUGAAAGACUGAAGAACUUGGAGGACAGGUCCUUCACCACGGUGGAAGACGUGGACAAGAACUCCUUCCCAGGGACGAUUAAGGACUCCGUAACUGCCCUGGAGACAGAAGUCAGCAAAAACAAGGCCCUUAUUGAUGGUCUGGGAGAAAAGGUUAAUGCCUUUAGGGAUGUAUGCUCUGCUGGAUGUUCAGGAGUCAAAGUGAGGGAGGGGGGAUCUGUGCUCUCACCUGAACCUGAAGGCAACGUUUCGGAGGACCUGAGACGGCACAGAAAUGAGCUGGAUGUUCUGAGCACAAACGUACGUUCAAACACGGACAAGCUCAAGCAGCUGGAGGAGUUUGUUGGGAGGGGGGCAGUAGGAACCGCGAGGCACAUGAAGAUGAUGGAGGAUUUCCAGAAGGGGCAGAUAAACCUCCAGAAUAACAUGCUCAGCCUGGCCGGCACUGUGAAGAGAUUGGGCGACUCGCAGGCGAAUUAUGACCGGGACAUUCACAGGAUCAACUCAACAUGCUGCCAUGAAGCGCCGAGGGGUCCUGGCGGACGAACGCAAACCCUGUGGGGUCCAGCUGACACCAGCAGCCCCCAGGUGACCGAGCUGAGGAACAAACUGGACACUUUGAGGCUGGAGAUGUCAUCCCAGCUGAUGCACAGCAGGCUGAACGCACAGGGUUUGUCGGCCCUGGACCAACGAGUAUCCGAGCUGGAAAACAUGUGCGGGAAGCUGGACGGGGUCGCCGAUAACGUCAGGAAUCUGAAAGAAGGGCUGGGGAGGCACGUGGUGGAUCUCCAGCACCGUGUCUACAGGGUGAAUGCCACCUGCGGGAGUCACGGCGCCAACAUCGCCUACCUGCAGAACGCUUUGCACAAGCUCCAGGCGCAGCUGUCCAACAUGCCCAAGGACGUCCUGAGGGACGUGGCCGCCAAAGAGCCAGGAACGGACCUGAGACCGGACAAGCCGGUCGCUUCUUUCCCAGAUCCGACUAAAACCAGAACCAGAAUCCAGCAGAUCCACAUCCCCAUCAUCCUCCCGCCUCAGCCGUCCAAUCCUGGCCAACCUGCCCAGCCCGCGGUCAACGUGGUGAAGAUCAGCCCGCCGAGCGACCCGUCCAAAGCCCGGCAGCCAGUUCAGUCUGUGAGGCCCGUGGUGGAGACGGGGGAGGCGGGACCCCCCGGGUACAUCAGCCGGGUGACGGUGCGCAGAGGGUCCGAGGACUCGGCUAGGAAAUCUGUCAAAGGCUUUGCAGGAGCUCCAGGAUAUCUUCCUCCUCCUCCUCCUCCUCUGCAGCCGGCGUGGUACAAACCUGACGGCAGAGCUAUCGGGGCAGCGAAGGUCCUCUGGACGCCGGUGCAUCAAGCUCCCCCCGUCUCUCCCGUGGCCGACGGCGCCUUCGCCGACCCCGUCUCCUUCUCCGUUGGUCUCACUCAGCAGCCCCCCUUCACGGGAGAUUUUGGUUUCAUCCGCUUCAACAGGGUGCUGGUUAAUGAUGGCGGACACUACGACCCCCACACAGGGAUAUUCUCGGUUCCACAGGACGGCCGCUACCUGGUUUCGGGCCUUCUGACGGCGCAGCGCGGCGAGCGCUUGGAGGCCGUGCUGUCCGUGUCCGACCGCAGCGUCCAGAGGCUGCGGAGCUCGGAGGCGGCGGGGGCCUGCAGCUGCGGGGGCUCCGUGUCCUUCAGCCUGAUCCUCCCACUCAUGAAAGGAGACCGCGUCGGUCUCCUGAGGACGGGCGGCGAGCUGGCGACAGGCGAGGCCCGGGAGAUCCUGUCCACCUACAGCGCCGUCUUCCUGUACGCCCCCCAGGCCAGAAGAUAGCUGCAGCUGGGGGGGGGGGGCAGCAAGGACUCAUUUGGAAGCAGCUUUUUGACUGAUUUGCAUUGAAGCAGCUAUUUAUCAGUAAACGUCAGAGAAACUCUUCACCUAUAUGUUCAGUUUGUAUGCAAAACACACAUACUAAUAUAUUUGGAUCUAUUGUGAAUGUCUGUAAAACUGUCAAUGUACAGAACCAUUGACCCUCAGUGGAAUUAUUGUGGGAAAUAAACGGAUGAACCAAUAAAACACAGGAGAUUCUCUGAAAAUGAAUGAAUGCACAGGAAUAAUAAACUCACAUUUGGGAAAUAAA